UGUGGUUGAAGCUGUCAUCGUAAUGGAAAUUCAUUGCUGUAGCUAUGGUAAAUCGAGUUUUCUGCCUGUGCUGAAUGCAUUAGUCUAAUGAGAUGUUUGCAGCCGGAGAGCAGGGCUGCUGGAGACUAACUAUGAGCUACUAACACACGGGUGGAAGAUUAGCUUUUGCAACACUCGGUUUGCAUGUACUGAAAGUCAUCUGUCUUCUGAGUCAACAUUCCCGGCCUGGUAAAGAACCUGAUCAGGGCUCUGGUGCACGAACUGUAGAUCUCCUGGGUUGCAUGUCUACCUUUACAACAACGCACAAGCAUCCUGCACUAAAACUGCUGAGGCUGGCAGCACCUCUUCUGCCUGUGAGCGAUUUGUCACUUCCUUCUGUAAGACUGGCACCAGCAGAAAUGCAGUCUCAGAGGAUCCCGGGGAGAAAGCGAGGCCGACCCCCACUUCACUCGACACCUAUGAAGAUGGCAGUUCAUAACAUUUACUCUGCUUCAGCUGGUUCUUUACCAGCAGUGAAGAUCCCAAAGAAAAGAGGGCGGAAACCCGGGUACAAGCUUAAGUCUCGAGUUCUCAUGACUCCUUUAGCCCUGUCUCCUCCACGGAGCACACCGGAGCCCGAUCUCAGCUCCAUCCCUCAGGAUGCAGCCACCGUACCCAGCUUGGCAGCUUCACAGGCUCUCACAGUCUGCCUCUACAUCAACAAGCAAGCCAAUGCAGGGCCGUACCUGGAGAGGAGGAAGGUGCAGCAGCUCCCUGAGCACUUCGGGCCCGAGCGGCCGUCAGCAGUCCUGCAGCAGGCUGUGCAAGCGUGCAUCGACUGCGCCCACCAGCAGAAGCUGGUCUUCUCCCUGGUCAAGCAGGGCUACGGUGGUGAGAUGGUGUCAGUCUCCGCCUCCUUUGAUGGGAAGCAGCACUUGCGGAGCCUGCCCGUGGUGAAUAGCGUCGGGUACGUCCUCCGCUUCCUCACCAAGCUGUGCCGAAGUCUCCUAUGUGACAACCUCUUCAGCCACCAGCCCUUCCCCAGGGGCACCAGCACCUCCGACAACGCCCCCGAGAGCCAGGAAGGCAGGAUGGAGUCAGCAAAAACAGUCACCACCGAGGAGUGCCUGGUGAACCCUGCGAGCAUGAACCGCUACGGCGUGGACCCCUCCUCCCCCACCUUUAGCCACAGGAGCUCCCUGCCCACCUCCUCUUCGCUGUACUGCAAGCGGCAGAACUCUGGAGACGGCCACCUUGGGGGUGGCUCAGCCACCACAGUCGGUGGUCCCCGCACCAGCCCCAUGUGCCCCGGAGGCCCCUUGGCACCUGGGCUGCGGCCUCCUGGCUCCAGCCCCAAGAGGAAUGGGACCGCUCUUGAAGGAAACAGAUGUGCCUCAAACCCUUCUCCGGACAGGCAGGAUGCCCGGCGGCCAAGGAGCAGGAACCCUUCCAGCUGGUCCGUGGAGGAUGUGGUCUGGUUCCUGAAAGACGCAGACCCGCAGGCUCUGGGGCCCCAUGUGGAGCUCUUCCGGAAGCAUGAGAUUGAUGGCAAUGCCCUCUUGUUGCUGAAGAGUGACAUGAUCAUGAAAUACUUGGGCCUGAAGCUGGGGCCUGCACUGAAACUCUGCUACCAUAUUGAUAAACUGAAGCAAGACAAGUUCUGAAGGUGUUUAAAAGACACAAGCAAAGUCCAGACAGCAGAAUCUCCAGACCAUCUGCCUUACCAACAUCACCACCAUCACAAGGACUCUCUUCUGAAAAAGAACUGUCACAAAGGCUUGGUCUUUUUUUUUUUAAAUAAAACUCAUAGUUCUUGACCUUUUAAAAAAUUCAACAUGGCCCUUUUGAAAGGUUCCUCUGUUUUAAUGAUUUGCCAAAAAAUUACCCAAAAAAGGCCCAUUAUUUUUUAAUAUUUCUAGUUGGUUCGUUGCUCUUAGGGUAGGUCCUGUUUUUAUAAUGAGAGUUUGGGGAACUGAAGGCUAUCACCCAAGGAGGACCUUGGAGAUUUCCAAGCAUGUGGGAAGAACCUUUGUCUCCGCAGGCUCUGUGGGGAUGCCCACCACAGCAGCCCCCCGUCUUUAACUCUGACCUGGAGACCUAUCAUUGUCAACCUUGCUUGAUUCAGCUCUGGAAGCUGUCUUUUGAGGAUAAAUGCCUCACCUUGCACUAUCCGGAAAACUUGAAUUCUUUUGCUCUCUGAAAGAGAAGAAGAAAAAAAAUCUUUUCUAUUCCUAGUUAUCUGAAGUACUGUGUUGCCCCACUAGGGGGCAGACUGCCAAUGUAAUUUCAGGACCCUCACUGCAGCAGCCUGAUAUUCAGUACCCAGUGGAUGAAUUAGGGUUUCUGGGAACAAGAUCUAGCCUACACAGACACAGAGAAUUUAUUCCACAGUCAGCACCACAGAUUGCAAUGUGGGAAGAAACCAUCUUCUAGAAGGUUCUUGUUCAUAACCAGUCAUUAUCGACUGACUGAGAUGCACAAGCAGCAAAGGCAAAAAUUUGGAAGCACGUUCUUCCCAGAUGGGGCUUUGGAGUCCCUUCUCUUCCAGAGUCCUUACUGAGGUGUCAAUGUAUUGGCGCACCAUAGACUCUUAGUGACAUUUAGCCACAGCGUUUCUUUCAAAAAGAAAAAAGAUAUCUCAACUAAGCUUUGAAAUCGGAAGGUGUUGAUUUCUAGUUACACUGUGGGAUUAUAUUGUUGUAUCUGUGGCUAAUUUUAAUAAUAAUAGCAUGUACACAGACAUGCAAUUAUUGGGUUUAAUUCAAUUUACAAAUCGGUUUUCUUUUCUCACUCUGGAAUAAUAGAAAAAAAUUGAUUUCUACCCCUUUGCAGCUGUGUCCAGGGAAGGGCAGUGAAUCCACAAUUUACUAGGCAGAAGGGGAACCGCAUCUCCAUUCUUCUUAUCUUUUCCUUUCUCUCUUUCCCUGUCUCCUUUUUCCUUCCUCUCUCACUGAAUAGGAAACAUAUCUUCAAAAUGAAUUCGCCUUUGCCAUGGGCAUAUCCUCUUCUGUAAAAAAAAAAAAGAAAAGAAAAAGAAAUCCAUAUUGUUGGACAUGAGGAGAUGAAUCUUAGACUUUGUGUUCCCUGGGAGGGGGAGGAUCAACGAUAACUCCAGACCUCCCUUGGCCCAGUGAUCAGAAAAGGCACACCGUCCUCAGGAUUCAACCUGGACAGGUGUCUCUCUGGUGAGUAGAGCAGGAGGUGAGUGCAGCCUCCCACCCCUCUACUAGGACUUCCCUGGAGGCUCAGUGGUAAAGAACCCACUUGCCAAUGCAGGAGACGUGGGUUCGAUCCCUGGGUUGGAAGAUCCUCUAGAGAAGGAAAUGGUAACCCACUGCAGUAUUCUCGUCUGAAAAAUCCCAUGGAUAAAAUCCCUAAGAAACCUCCCAUGCCAUGCUCUUAGACCCAUUUAAUGAGUGAUAUUUGAGGAAGCACAUCAGAGCAGAAUCCUUUUUAGACACACAAACAGUGGCUGACUUAAAGUGCAACAGAGAAGGGACAAAGGAGAAUGUAAAGGACAGAGGAGAAUGUCCUAAAACUGCCCACAAAGCCGAGCUGGAGUUAUCAGGCUACAGAAGAGCUGAAUGUCUGUCGGUCCCGGCCACUGACUAAACUAUCCUGAAUCAGGCCUUGGGACAGCGUCUUCAAGAUUUUGAAGCAAUAAAUUGACUCUGUCUCUUUAAGUUUGCUCAUCGUAAAGUGCUCACAGCUGGUCUGGAAUUAAAUAGUCUCUCUCAGAAAACCAUGGGGAGUGUAUAUAUUCAGAACAGCCAGGAUGAAAGCAGUGAGAUCCAGAAAAAUUCCACCACAACCCAUGUUCCUCGCUCCAAACCCACUGAGACUUGUGGUGCUUCUUCCAUCAACAUAUACCCAGUACGCUGUUGUUUGCUAAGGCAUGUCCAGGUCUUUUAUGACUCCACGGACUGUAGCCUGCCAGGCUCCUCUGUCCAUGGGAAUUCCUAGGCAAGAAUACUGGAAUAGGUUAUCGUAUCCUUCUCCAGGGGGUCUUCCCAACUCAGGGAUCAAACUCGCAUCUCCUGCAUUGGCAGGCGGGUUCUUUACUACUGAGCCACCUGGGAAGCCCUGUACCUCAUACAGAAACUUUCAAAACUUUCUACCAUUCUUGCUAGUGCUUCCCUUGGCAUAAAAAUACCGACAUUGGCGCCACCAAGUGAAAAUCAUCCUCAAACAAUAUCGAGGAGACACUUGGAGGAGUUUUCAGGGGAGAGAGAUUUUUCCACCUUGAGAAAAUUGGGUCCAUGUUUAUGUGCAUCUGCUCUCACAGAGGUGCUGUCUUAUUUUGCUUUAAACUUUAAGCAGGACAGAUUGCUGCAGCCAUGAUAUUUAAGGUUUGACUUUUAAAAAAUCUCAUUACUCUUAAAAUGAAUGCUGCCACAUCAGAGAAUAACCCAGGGAGGAAAUUCUUCCUUGCCUGUUUUUACACUGAAAUGCAAUUAGCUGGCCAAAUUAUUGUCGUCAAUCCUGCAAUUAUAAUUAAUUUUCACCCUUUUCAAAAAUCUUGUCAAACCAGGCAGAUAAAUAGCUUAGCAAAUGUAAAACAUGCCGGGCCAUCUCCUCUACAUGGACCUUAUGGAGUCAGGCCAUGUGUGUCGCUCUGAUCCAAAUGGGAGCUUAUUUGGGGGGAGGCCUUGCGCUUGUACAGAUGUGGUACUUGUUAUUCCAUGGCGGUAGCUUCGCUUCAGGUUGUGGUGAAUAAUGAUAUAGUUUUGCAUAAUUUCAAAUUAGAGUAUGUGUGUGCGUGGGCGUGUGCGUUCAUGUUCGAAACAUUUCCAAUUAUACUUGUCUGUUAAACACUUAGAAAAAAAUCUGAGACGAUUUUAUUGCCUAAGGCAUUUAAAAUAUUUUAUAAAGCACAUUAUUCCUUUUGUGAAGAUUUUAGGUGAAAGAUGUGUAUUUCGUGUGUGUGUGUGUGUGUGUGUGUGUGCGCGCGCGCGCGCGUGCACGCACGCAGGCACAUGCGUACUUCCUGGCAGUGCAGUGGGAAGAGCCUUUGAACGUGGCUGGGAAGGUAUCAGCUCUCGCAUUUGCUUUGUUUCUAAUGCCUUCCCAGUUCUAUAGCACUGAGGUAGAACCCGCCCCAGGCAGCAGGGUGCACCCUGGAGGCAGCUGGCGGGAGGUGCUGGGGUUCUGGACCUCCCUGCUAUCAGGCACUGACUGGGCGCACCAGGCCAGCCCAGGCUCUGCUCCCCGUGACUGAGAGGACAGGCCUCGCCAGGGAGCCCACUGGGCAGGAAAUGAGCAUCCUGAGCGCCUGGUACGGUGCCCGCCAGAGCUCCACGCACUCCCAUCAUUUCCCGGCAGCAGAGCUAUCUGGUAUUUUCCUUUACAGCAGGAGAAAGGAAUGGGACGCUCCUCAAGAGAAACAAAGAGGAUAGUAAAAUACACUGGGAAGGAAGACUGAGUUGAGAUUGGCAUACGUGAGGAGGAAACUGAGGAGAGGAAGCCAAAAGUGACUGUCGUAGAAAGCAGACACCCCUCUAACAGGCCCAACUCUUUCAGCUACAAGUACCUAUUUUUGUAUUUAUGUGCUGUAUGGAAUAUGGAAUAUUUCUCUUUUUUAAUUAAAAUUAUUUAUCUUAUUACUUUC